AAACGAAAAGGCAAUUAAACAUGACUGCAAUAGGCUCUUGUGACCGACACAUCCCCAUCGCCUCGUCAUUCCACAUUGGAAUGUCAAUACAUGAAUCACCCUGUUCCCCGACCCUUCAGCUCCUGUGGUAUGACCUAGCUGGUCGUUGCUCAUCCAACUUUCUAGCACUGAAUCUAGAAGUCGGGCCCAAUUAUCUUGGGGGAACUAUUUAAGACAUUGAUGUGAAGGAACAUGUCCUUCAGAAACACCCGGCACGAGCGGGGCAGUUCGAUGUCUCCAGAACAGAUACAGGGACUCGUCUCUCAAGGGUAUGCCAUUGUCAUCAUGGAAGACACAGUAUUAAAGCUCGACACGUGGAUGAAGUCUCAUCCUGGCGGUGAAAAAGCAAUUCUGCACCAAGUUGGUAAAGACGCCACAGUUGAGAUCAAUGCGUUCCACAAUCCGACCACAAGGGCAGUCAUGCAACGAUAUCAAAUUGGCACAGUCCAAUUACCAUGGAAGAACUUGACUCCACCGAUUCAAACAAUGAAUCUCCAAUCGUCAGACGAGGCUGAUCAGAGCCUGGUAGUCGACGACUGUGAGCAGCGCGUCGUCAAAGAUCUCGGGUUUCCAGAACGGCCGGAAAAGCGAGUUGAAUCUGACCAUCCAGCUUCGUUGGGUCGCUCGACAACGCAUGUCGUUGAUAACGGAGCUCGCCAACCGCUGUCCCACAUCGACGUUCAGACCAGAGAGACAAUCGACUUGAAAUGUGCUCACUAUCCUGCGGUGGAUGCUGGCACGCAAAAGAUCAUCAUUGAUAGAUAUCAAGUGCUUGAAGAAGAGCUACAUGCAAGGGGCAUCUACGAUUGCAAUUAUAGUGCCUACGCCUUCGAAGCAGCGCGCUGUGCCUUCCUAUUCGGCCUCAUGCUUGUAGCGUUGAAGCAUGGAUGGUUAGUUCUCAGUGGAAUAUUCAUGGGCUUUUUCUGGCAACAGCUAGUCUUUGCAGCACAUGACGCCGGCCACAACGGGAUCACCCAUGACUAUCGGAUUGAUUCAUUGAUCGCGCUGACCAUCGCAAACCACCUUGGAGGUCUCUCCAUGGGUUGGUGGAAGCAGAGCCACAACAUCCACCACAUAGUGACGAACGAACCAGAACACGAUCCCGACAUCCAACAUUUACCCUUUUUCGCGAUCUCGUCGGAAUUUUUCGGUUCCAUAUAUUCCACAUACUACGAGCGUAUCAUGCAACAUACGAACAUGUCAAAGUACUUCCUGCCAUAUCAAGCAUACUACUACUACCUUAUACUUGCGCUUGGCCGGUUCAAUCUUUAUGCUCUUUCAUGGGAGUACUUGAUUCGUGGCCAAGGCCCGAGACAGGGUCCUGCGUGGUGGCAUCGCUGGUAUGAGAUCUCUGGGCAACUCUUCUUCUGGACAUGGUUCGGCUACUAUCUCGUCUAUAAAGGCAUACCAACCGGUUCUGGCCGACUUGUCUUUGUCCUUACCAGUCAUAUGGUCACCAUGCCGCUGCACGUCCAAUUCACCCUUUCUCAUUUCGCAAUGGAUACCAAGAAUCUCGGGCCGCAAGAGAGCUUCCCACAGAAGAUGCUGCGUUCAACAAUGGACAUCGAUUGUCCUCCAUGGCUGGACUUCUUUCAUGGGGGCUUACAAUUCCAGGCAGUCCACCAUCUCUUUCCUCGCCUUCCGCGGCAUAACCUCCGGGCAGCGUCGAAAUUGGUCCAGCAGUUCUGUCGCGAAGUUGAGAUACCAUACGCGAUGUACGGUUUUGUGGACGGUAACAAGGCUGUGCUGAGCCGUUUGGACGAGAUCGGUGGGCAGGUUGCGAUCAUGGAGAAGUGCAGAAGAGUACUCGCGGAAGCACAUCAGUCGUAGGAGGGAUAUUAGACCAUUACAACGUAGGAACAGGCAACGGGUCCUGAGUAUUUGGAUCAAGAAUGACGAGCCUCGUACAUUAUCACAUCGUGUCCGACAUCACGCAUGAAAUCACUUCACGUGAAGCCGACCGGGCCGUCAUCCGCGUU